GGCUCAAGGGUUCAGUCGCAUGAUUCCUUAUGACGAAUCGCCCUCCGGCGCCGGGGACCUAUGACCCAAGGGACUGGAAAUGCCCCAACUGCAAGACGCUGAACUUCAAGAAGCGGAAGAAUUGCCUCUCCUGCGCCAAUGAGCGACCACCACAGACCCGAGAGCAGGCUAUGCCUGAUUGGCGGACGGGGAAGAAGGAUUGUGGCAACAAUGUCAAUGCAGACUGGACUUGCCGGCCCUGCGGGAGAUUCAACCUCGCUGUCGACCGAUUCUGUCUUUCUUGCAAGAAGGAGAAUCCGAACUGGGUGGAUGUCGCUACCCUGACAGUAGAGGGCCGGUCUGGUCGCCUUGGUGGGCAUUUUGAUCGGCCAGAUCCUGACGAGCCGAAGAAGGAAUGGAAUUCGGAUGAUGAAGAGUACGACGAGUUUGGGAGGAAGAAGCGCCGAGGUGUGAAGAGCAGCAGCGACAAGCAGAAAGCUGCGCUGGAGAGGCUGAGAAGGAAAGCCGGCGGAGCUCCCUCAAGGAGCCGCUCUCGGUGAUCCGUGUUGCUUAUUUUGCAUUGAAAUGAUUCCAUG